CCAUUUCUCCCGUCCACUCGUCUUCUCCCCCUUUGCCGCACUCUCUCUCUCGUCUCCAUCCCUCACUCUCACCGCUAAAGAUCCCGCCGCACCCGUGCAGCCGCGGUGGCGCUGCCGGCCUCGAGGGGUGCGGGCGCGGGGAGAGAACAGCAGGUGGAGGCGCCGCAACGGGAGGCAGGGCACGGCGGUCCAGAGGCGAAGCUCCCUGACGAUGACUGCGACGACCCCGCGCGGACUACGGCAGCUGAGCGCCAGUUCUUGCCGUUCGUGCUCCAUCAACCGCAGCAAUGAAGAAGGCUGCUGCCAACAAACGCCGCGCAGAAACAAUCACUCCUUAUGAACUACAACGCCUCAAAAAUUGUAUGAGGAACAAGGCGCGGAUCGAAGCACUUGGCUUACAUACCACCAGAAACGAGUUUGACACUAUGGCUCUAAUGAAGAGUGCAAGGGCCUCAAAGGGUAAAGAUCCUGAACACUCUGAAUCCGAGUACGCUCCUGGAGAUGAUCCUUCCGGUGAAGGACAUGAAUCUGAUGAUAGCCAAACAGAGUCAACUAACAAGACUGCUCGCAACAAAACUGGAAGUAAAAGAACUUCAGAUGACAUGUCUGCUGCUGGAACGUCACCACGUGCUGCUAAGAGAGCUGCUCCUGCUGUUGCACAGCCAACCACGAGGCUCACAAGGUCGCAGAAGGCUGCUCCUGCUCGUGCUGCUGCACAGCCAACUACAAGGGGCACAAGAGCUGCUCCUCCUGCUUCCAGAUCCUCCUCUGGUGUCACAAUACACCCUACAUCUCUCAUUCGAGCUAGUGUUUGGGCUCCACCAGUAUCACCUGCAAAGUCUGUGAACAACGUCGAACAGCCCACACAGCAUUGUCCUCAAGAUGAGGCCACUCAACAGCAAGAUGACCAGGUCCCCUUGACACCUGACGAACACGCUGCAGGUGAUGAGUGUGCGGAGGCGCACAAUGAAGUACAGACUGAAGAGGUAGCGGCAGUUCCAAGGGGACAGAGUAUGGGAAAAGGUCUCCAAAAGAUGACCCGUGCUAGGCAUGGCAAGCUGCCAUUGGUGAUUCAAGAGGGGAAGGCAAGGCCAGUUCUGCCUGUUGUCGCUGCAAAGUUUGCAACUGAAUGUAACAUCACAGUCAGAAACCAUUUGCCUGUGUUCAAGCAUUGGAAGGAAUACAAGAAGCAUCCGGCCCUUCUCGAACAAUUCAUGGGAAGUCUUAAAUUAAAGUUCGAUAUGAACACAGAUGACGGUUCUGUUCAAAAUGCUUGUAAUCUUAUGAUGAAGUCUGCACUUCGCCAACAAUGACACAGGUUAAAGAAAAAGUUUUUUGAUCCUUUUCCACUCCAUUUGGUUCCAACGACUUCUCCUGUGAAAUCUUUGAAUGAUGCACAGUGGAAUGAACUUGUUGAAUAUUGGAAAAACCCCAAGAGGAUGGUAUGUUUUCUUCUAUGGGGCCAAACUCUUAAUUUCCUGUUACUAAAUAUCGAUCUGGGAUGCAUUACUGGUAUGUCUUUGACGUAGGCAACAUCUGAGAAGAACAAAACCAACCGUGCUAAAGUUAAGUACCAUCAUACAACUGGGUCGCGCAGCUAUGCCGUGCACUUAGACAACUUGAUAUGUUUCACCUCUCCAUUAUUACCUGAUACUGCAGACAAGUAUGCCAGUUUAAUAUUGUGUUUCCAUAUUCUCCUUUAGGGAGACAAGUACCAAAAUGAAGAACCGAAUGCACUUGAUUUGUUCAUAGAGUGCCACUACAGCAACAAGAAGAAAGGCUACACAGCUCCUGUCCAGUCUGCAAUUACUGAAUUGGAGUACAAGAUUUCAGAAUCUACAGAAGCUGAAGAUGAAGAGAGUGUGAACAGAGCCGUAGCUGAAUUUCUUGCUGACAAAAGCAAGAAUAGUUAGUUUCUUAAAAAUGUGGGCUUGGGGAAAGGCCAGGCUACACCAAGUGCUCGAAACCUUGAAGCACAGCUGGCGGCAGAGAAGAGUGCAAAUGCCAAACUACAAUUGCUUGUCUCCAAACAAAGAGAAGAAAUUGAUCAGCUGUCUAUGAAGUUCCAGGAAUCAGAACAAGCUAGGAUCACUGACAAGGCUGACACUGAUAAAAAACUGGAGCUUUUGCUUAGUCGUCUUCGCUGUGAUUGAAAGCAGGUGGUAAUGUGACUGGUUUUUUGGAUGUGUGCUCUGGAAUGUGUGAUGCUGUUUGGUGACGCUUGUCAGAUAUUUGUGGAGCUUGUAAUGUUUGAACAAGCUGGGGCAUGCUAUUUCUGGAGCUAUUGUAAUUUGUUUAUGUGCUAAUGGUAUUUUUUAGUAUCUAAUAAUUUCUUAAAAAUUGUUAA